AUGUUCGAGGAGUGCAAAGAGAUUGUUCUCUUCGGGGACUUGACCUGUGACUCGGUCGCGGGUCUUCGAGCCCUGGUCAAUAUUAAAGACAAUCCUCUUUUGACCUCCUUUUUCGAACGAGUUACAGCCGGUCUUCGAGAGGAAAUUGGUCUUCUUCCGUUCUCGCAGCGUCAACGAUUCGUCCGAUUUACCAAAUUUGAGGAGCUUCUCGCUAGAGCCCAGCGCUCAGCUUGUCCCCAUCCUGGACUUGAGAAGGCGUUAGCGUGCACCUAUCAACUGGCAUGCUUUAUCAGGCAAUACACCUCUCCCGGCCGCAAGUAUCCCUCGAUUCAUCGGACUUGCCUCAUAGGUCUUUGUACUGGUCUCCUCAGUGCAGCGGCUGUGGGGUGUUGCGAGAGCAUCACAGACCUCCUCCCCCUGGCGACACACACAGUACUUAUAGCGUUUCGCGCGGGUCUAUUUGUUGCCGAUGUGCGUGACAGACUGGAGCCGCCGGCUGGGUCACCCGUGGCGUGGAGUGUUCUGAUUCCUGGCUUAGAUGGUGACACAGCUGUCUCGAUCUUACAGAGGUAUAGUGAGGAGAAGGGCCUUCCCGCUACAUCAGCCCCAUACAUCAGCACAUAUGCCAACACCGGAGUUACUCUGAGUGGCCCACCGAGCGCACUUAAUGACCUUCUUAAUUCAGGCUGCUUCCCAAAGAACCGGUCACUUUCUAUUCCUAUAUACGCCCCGUACCACGCUUCUCACCUCUACGGACAAAGCGACAUAGACAAUAUCCUCCGAAAGGCUAGGGCGACGCAGUUUGCCUCAUACCAGUGUCAAUUCAGUGUUUUAUCUUCCAUCACUGGACAGAGCAUCGGGGUCGAGACAUACGGAGCACUAAUUGGUCACGCCCUGAAUGAAAUUCUCCGGGAGCCCCUUCGACUGGACCGCAUCGUCUCUUCCCUAGGUGAGACAUUGUUAUCAGAGUCACCCGUACGAAGCUGCACGAUCCUUCCCAUCGCCACACUCGUUGGCCAAAGCUUCGCUGCCGCGCUCCGAAAGCAAGGAGUUCCAGAUAUAAUAGUAGACCCGUGCAUGAACUCCAGUGUUGCUGUGCAGGAUGAUCGAACAUCCACCACUGGACAUCUAGGCCAUUCUAAACUAGCCAUCAUCGGAUACUCUGGCCGGUUUCCUGAUGCCAAUAAUACCGAGGAGUUCUGGCAACUACUUCACGAGGCCGCGACGUCGCCAGCAUAA